GGGCCAUGCACAGCUAUAUCCAUACAACUGAAGUGGCCGGCAAAUUACGCAACAUAAUUGCGCCGUAAUGAAGAGAUAUCUACGCCUGGGAAAGGGUGCAGCCACUCAAGACGAGUCAGCUCAAGUGCUCAUUGAACUGUAAUGGAGAUAUGAUGGCUUUUUCAGUAGUUUGUUGACCUCGAGAUAUGACCCCAAUGUCGCCUCCCUUUUAAAUGUCAAAUACAUCUAUUAUAAAUAGGUGUUCGUCAAUAAAAUUAGCACAAAUUAGACAGAGUGGAUAAAAUGGACUACGGUCGUCGCAAGCGUGGUCAUUCGACUGACGAGGACGUGGAGGACUUCCACCGGAAAAGAAUUGCCGAGGUAAAGCUGGCGACUGUGGAGAAGUUGAUGCGAGGUCUGAGUUUUCAGGGCAGCAGUUCCAUCGAGCUUAAGCUCGAAAACCUUUCGUACUUGCUGCGCGACGUUCGUGCAAAUCUCAAAGAGGAAAUCCUGUGCCUCCUGGUAUCCUGCGUGGGCGAGCAUCCCGGGCACACCAGUGCCUACGCAACGUUCGUGGGCCUGCUAAAUGUAGGGUGCUCGGAGUUCGGCGCCGAGUGCAUGGUCUUUAUGGUGCAGAAGCUGUACGAGUUCUUGUGCAGUCGCGAGUGGUCCAAGUGCCAGGCAAUAGUUCACUUCCUUGUGAAUCUGUACAACUGCAAAGUCGUCAGCUCGUCCUCCUUGCUGAACUUCCUCGCGGGUUUCGUGAGCGAGUGUGAGAACCAGAGCGAUCCAGACGAUGAAGCAGACUCCGGACCCCAGACUCGUCGCGAUUGGUUGGCCUUCUGCGUGCUUUCCGCCCUACCCUUCGUGGGCAAGGACCUGCAGCUAAAGGCGGGAUUUGAGCGUCUAAUGAUCACGCUGCAGAUUUACAUCAAGAAGCGUUGCGCGCUGCACGCCACCAUGCUGAGUGUUUGGCCUAACUCUGAGCAGGAGGACAAAUUGGAGUUGCUGUGGCAGCAGGUGGACACAAUGCAGCAGCAGCAGUGGGCGGAACCUGAGCACCAGUUGAUCCCCCGUCCGUAUCUGGCCUUUGACAGGACGUUAAGCGAGUCCCUGCCCCAUUGUCUGCCAAACUUCGAAGUGCCGCCCCACGAGCAGGGAUGCAGCUAUCCUCCGACACGUGUGUCCUUUCGCAUCUUCUCCUACGAGCGCGAUGACCUUCAAUUGCCCUCUCCGCUGCGGAUCGAGCGGCAUUUGUUGGAGGUCCAGAUACUGGACAUGCUCCACUGCCAUCAUCUGGAAAGGAGGGUUUGUGCCGAUAGCCUCCUGUCCUAUGCCGCCUCAAAGCCCCAGUUGUCCGUUCAUCACAGCAUCGUGGAGGUGAUCCUGGGUGAGAUGCUGCAGUUGCCCAGUUCCCAGUGGAUCACUCUCAACUAUGGAUCUAUUCUGGUGGAGCUGUGCAAGCGCCAGCCGGACAAGAUACCCCAAGUGGUGGAGCAGGCGGCGGAUAUCCUCUUCGCCAGACUGGAUUCAAUGAGCGUGGCCUGCUUUGAUCGGCUGGUCAACUGGCUGUCGCACCAUAUAAGCAACUUCGGGUUUCUCUGGCACUGGAAGAAGUGGUCCCAGAGUUUCACGUUCCAAGUCGAUACCAGUGCCACCAAAUUCCAGCCAAUGGUUGUUUUCCUCGCCGAGCUGCUUAAGAAGUGUCUCAGAUUAUCGUAUCACCAGAGAAUAGUAGAGAUUCAACCGGACAUCCCGGCCGGAGUUCUUCCGCCGGCUCCACUUCCGCACUUGAAGUUCACCGACGAGCUGCUGCCGGGUGCGAUGUUGUCUAGGAACCUCCUUGAAGCGAUGCGCAGCAAACAAUCUUGCCCAGAAAAGAUAAUCAGCCUGCUAAGUGGCCCCAGUGAUGUUGGGCUUCUGCUCAAGAUCAACGUGUUCACCCAGAACUGCAUCUACCUGGGAUCCAAAUCAUUCAGUCACACUUUCGCAAUUCUUGCCAAGUACCACUCGGUCUUCAAGAAUUUGUCUGCUGGCGAUUCGGAACGGCAGCAUGCGAUCUUGAAAGGAAUCUUUGAGGUAUGGGUGGACAGCGAACACUUUCGGUUUGUGGUUGCCGAAAAGCUUCUCCGGAUGGAAGUACUUGAGUCCAGAUGCAUCGUGUCAUGGAUUUUUGGCCCCCUGAUGCGAAAGGAAUUGAGCAAGAUGUACAUCUGGGAGCUGCUCCACUCCACUGUUCGCUGGGUCAAGAACCUCCAGAGGCGGAAUGCAGUUGUGGAAGUAGACAGUCCAAGUGGGACUGAUUAUGUGGUUACAGGCAUCCUUUUAGACAUCGUGCAUCGCUUCGUAAAGGCUCUGAGAUCUGCUCCUGUGGAACAGGAAAAAUCUGAGGAGCGCUACUGGUUCAACUGGGUUCUUGGUAGACUGCAAGAGACGCUCUUUAUAUAUGCCGAUGACUACAAGAAGAUGUCCUCCAAGCUGGUUAAAAUUUCAGAAGAGACCGAGCUAAGAGGUGACAUUUCAAAAACAAUCCAGGGUUUUUUGGCCUACGUUAUGUAAUCAUUAUGUGAUUCCCAUAAUUUCGUAAUUUUUAUAUAAUUCAAAGGAUAUGCAUCCUAUACCAUAAAAGCAAUAAACUUGUCGUUAUUAUAUCUGCC